AUGGUUAUGCUGAAAAAUAUUCCAAGCAUUUUAUCACCAGAAAUGCUGUAUGCCUUGGGCCGAAUGGGGCACGGUGAUGAGCUAGUUCUUGCAGAUGCAAAUUUUCCAAGUGCUUCGGUUGCUAAGGCUGGCCCAGAAAUAAUAAGGGCUGAUGGAGUAACAAUCCCUCAAUUACUGGAUGCUAUUCUGCAAUUAAUGCCACUGGAUACUUAUUCAGCAUACAUGGCUGCGGUCAUGGACCUUGUUGACAGUGAUAAACAGAGGGGUUUAAAAACACCAGUAUGGCAAGUAUAUAGCGAUAUUAUAGAGAAACAUGAAGGGAAAAAAGUCCCUCUUCACAAGAUUGAAAGGUUUGAGUUCUAUGAUCAGGCAAAAAAAGCGUUUCUCGUUAUCGCGACUGGGUCUGUAGAAGUGUAG